UUCUCGUGCUACGUCGUGCUCGUGUUCAUGCUUCGCGCCUGGCUGCCUCGUGAACUCUCCUCCCACGACCUCUGUUGUCCCAACCCGUCCACUUUGACUUCUUCACAGCAAAUACUCGAGUCUUGAUCAUGUCUAUACCCUCAACACGGCUGAGUCUCGGCCUCGCCAGAAGCUGCACGCCAACCGUGCGCUCAAUAUGCAGAAUCACUAACAAAUCACGACCCCUCAGAUCGCUGCCAGCAGUUCAACAGUGUCGCUUGUUUUCCCAGAGUCCCCUCGCCAGCAGCAAAGCAUCCAGCAAGGAGCCGUCAAACGAGAAGCAAGCGCCGUCAAUCAAAGAAAAACUACCCGACCCGCAACAAUCACCCGCUCGAUUCCGGGAAUUCGAUCUCCAUGAGAAAGUCUUCGUCGUGACCGGAGGAGGCCGUGGUCUAGGUCUGACACUAGCUGAAGCACUCGUCGAAGCCGGUGGAAAAGUAUACUGUCUCGACAGACUCCCAGAACCCGAACCAGAAUUCCAUGAAGUCCAACAACGUCUGGGUCCCAAGUACGGCGGCGCCCUGAACUACGACCACGUCGACGUCCGAGAAGCCGGCAACCUGGAUAGAGUCAUCUCCGAGAUCGCAAGCAAGCACCAACGCAUGGACGGGCUGAUUGCCGCUGCCGCCAUACAAAACGUCACGCCAGCGCUAGACUUCACUCCAGAGAAGAUCAUGGAGAUGCUGGACAUCAACUAUAAAGGUGUUUUCCGGUCGGCAGUCAGCUGCGCAAGGCAGAUGAUCAAGUACGACUGUCAGGGGUCGAUCUUGUUGGUCGCGAGUAUGAGUGGUCUUAUUGCGAACAAGGGGUUUACCUCGGCGGUGUAUAACAGCUCCAAGGCAGCGGUGUGCCAGCUUGCGAGGAGUCUGGCGAUGGAGUGGGGGAAGGCGGUUGAUGGGAAGCCGAUCCGUGUUAACGCAUUAUGUCCCGGUAAUAUCGUAACGCCGAUGGUGUUGAAGAACUUUGAGGACCAGCCUGAGUUGAAGGAGCAGUGGGAGAGUCAGAACAUGCUCGGACGACUAUCGGAACCUCGCGAGUACAGAGGAGCAGCGUUGCUGUGUAUGAGUGAUGCGAGCUCAUUCAUGACUGGUACAAAUCUCGUGAUUGAUGGAGGAUAUACCGCUUGGUAAACUCUCAAGUAUAUUUACCCGGAGGAAGGAACCCGUUUGGUACGAUCAACUGCUACGCCCACCAAAUGACCAACAGGCGUUGCACGAUGAGCAAUCCGUGGCGACGAGGUA